CUGUGGCCAGCUUCAGACAGCUUUCCAUCUGCAUUAAACAUUGACACUGCUUACACAGCAAGCAAAAAAACACAGACUGUGACAGGCUUUCAUGAAAGUUUAAUUGCGUUGUGGCAGUGGAAGCUGGUAGAGGGGAUUCGGGUGCCUGAAGAAGAGCCGCUCCCUGAGCAGCCCCAGUGCCCACAUCCCUUCGCAUCACCCUGAGCACGAUGGGUGACCAGGAAGCUGAGCACACUGUGCCACAGACAGAGAUUCAGGUGAUCGCCAGCAAAAUUUCAGAUCUAAACAAAUGGAGAAAUGUUUUCAGUUUCCAUAGUUUGGAAAUCAGCAAUUCAACUUAUCAGCAAGACGAUGGCAACACUGGCAAUGGAGUACCUGGAGCCAGAGAGCCCUUAGGCCUGCAGCCGCCGGUGCCUCUGCCCCGUUCCGCCAUCCCUGAGCCCCUACUGACCUCUCCAGAUGCAGGCGGCCAGCCCAUCUCCUUGGAAAUGGCAAUGGUGCCCAACGUGGGGCAAUUGGGGCUGAACCCAGCCUGUCUUUCUCCUCUUCAACAGGAGCUGCGGAAGCUGCUAUUUGGAAAUGUGUUCCAGCUCUUCAGCUGUGAAUGGGCAAAAGCAUGUUUCAGGUUUCGUGAGCCAUACUCUGACCUGGCCUAUGCUUUGGAGACAGAAAAGGGGGGAGCAAGAGCCAUUCUGAUGGCUGUACAAGCAUACAUCAUCAAAUACCUGCUCUUCAUAAGAACCACAGAAUACACUCACCUGGAAAGGCUGUGUAGGGUAAGCCUGCAGGAGCAAGGGGAGGCGCUGGCAGCUGCCCUGGCAGACACCCUGUGGGCAGCAGGAGGAGGUGGGAGAGCCGUGAUCUGCCUCACUGCAGCCAUCCAUGUGGUGCCCAGCAGCGACUACAAAGCCGACAACUUCACGGAAAGAAUCCAUCUGUUUGAGUUCUCUGAGAAAGCAGCAGCUCAGGAGUUUAUCCUUGGCCAUAUAAACUGUUUCAAAGACGAACAAAGUCAUGGAGUGAUCCUUUUUUUAUACAGUUUACUUUUCUCAAGGACACUUGAAAGGGUCCGAGAAGACUUAGACUGCACAGCAACUCCUCUGUUGAAAUGCAGUUUUGGAAACAUUACCUGUACACAGGCCGUGCUCAGCCUCCUCCUAACGGGACGAGCAAACCCGCAUGAGCUUGAUGGCAGCCAGGAGCUGGGGCCCAGAGGGGAGGGCAUCGAGGCAUGGCAGCAGUGGGGCCCGGUGGGCUACCUGCACUGGAGCAGGGCACAGGCAGAGCGGCAGGUGUGCCCCAGGCUGAGAACACCCCGUCUGCCCAUCUGGCUGUGCAGCAUCACUGGGAGGCACAGCAUUCUCUUUGGCACUGACAGCCAAAUCCUCUCUGACUGGAAAAGGGAGAAAGUCUUCCACCUGUACUUCUACAAUGGGCAGCUGGAGCAGACAAAAACAGCCCACCUAACUGUAGCAUUUAAAACAUUCUUUUUACCUGUGUUUCCUUUUCAGAUACUCAUUCACAUCACUGGGAAGAGGACCAAAGUGAAGACCCAAGCAGCCCAGGGAAGAGGCGUCUGUCCGUGGAGAUGGCAAUCAGGACCAAGUGGGCAGGCGCAACCGUUAGCUGGAAUGGGACAGAUCCCUUCUUCUGAGGAGUCCCAGCAUCUCCCACUUGCUGCCAAAGCCACCAAACACUGUGGUCUGGAGGCGAAAAACUUUCACCAAUGAAACAACCUUUGGUGCCUUGGGCAAAUGUCCUGUUCGGCAAGGCAUUGCACUCACUGUGAAAGCCUGCGCUGGCGAUGAACAGUUACUAGCAACGCUGCCUUGCUGCACACAUUUUCCAGGUUCUGCCUCCCACAACAGCUGGCAGAAAAAGGAAAAAGGGUGGCAAUUUGCUUUCCUCCCAUGUCAGAUAUGUUAAAGAAAUCAAGGUGUCUCUUAAGAGUGCAGUGGAAGUGAAAUCAAUA